AUGGAGCACACUCUAAAGAUGCUUCAUGACGUGAUAGCGAGGUCAUUACAACAACCUCAGAUGCAACCUCAGCCACUCGUGCCACCACAACCUUCAGUUAGUACACCGAUGUUACCGUUGAUAACUGCCAUGAAAAAUAUGAAGACACCACAUUUUGAAGGAGGGACAGAUCCAUUUCAAGCCGACCAGUGGCUUCGAACAAUGGAGAAAAACUUUGAGACCCUGACGUGUUCCGAAGAAUCUAAGAAGAAGAUGGCAGUGUAUUACUUAGACAAAGACGCGGCAGAAUGGUGGGAGAGUAGGGAUCACCAAGUAGGACAUCUGGUCACCACUUGGGUGGCAUUCAAACAAGAAUUUGAAUGCAAGUACUUCACUCCAGAAUCCAAGCGAAGGCUUCAACGUCAGUUUGCUAACCUAGUACAAGGAGACAAAUAUGAAUCUGAGUUCAUGCGACUGCGACGACAUGUGCUGCGAGGACAAGAUGAUGAAGAAACCAUGAUAUAUAACUUUAUGUUUGGUCUAAAACCAGAGCUAGAAAAUAGACUGGCAGUCGAAAACUAUGAGAGUCUCACCGAGCUAGUGGAAAAGGCUGUGAAUGUGGAGAUUGGAUUGGAAGCUGAGAAGGCGGCAACUAAGAAAUCCAAGCAGCAUCAAGAAGGAAAGUAUGGUGGAAACCAAAGAUCUUUUAAGGGUAAAGAUAAGGAAAAGGAAUCGGGAGGGCCAAGUCGGCGAUCUCUGUUCACAGGGAAAUGCUUUAACUGUGGCAAGAUAGGCCAUAAGUCAAGUGAAUGCUACGGGAAGAAACCUGGAUCCUUUCAGUCAAACUCCUACAAUCCUACAUGUUUCACGUGUGGGAAGAAAGGGCACAUCUCUACCCAGUGCAGCGUCAACCGUCCUAUCCCAGCUACGCCAAUCACUGUCCGUCCUCCUCCAGCUCCACCUGCAAUCGCACCAGCGCCAAAAAGGCAAGCUAUAGGAGGUAGAGUUUACGCUUUAGAACUAGAGGAUACUAAACUUCCAGGCCCAUCUAAGGAUCCCAUCACAGGUUUUUGGGUUCUUUAA